AUGGCGGAAGAGGCGAAAUGCAUGGAGACGGACCACCUGAAGGGGGAUCAAGAGCAAGGCGGAGGCUGUGGUGCAAAGGAGCUGGCACAGAACUCCGAAGAUAGUGGCUCCCGGACAAUGGACGCUAAGUUCGCUUCCAGUCCCCGACCGUCUGUCGGGGAUCUUGGAUCCAUGGUUGUACACUAUGCCAAGCUAGUUGUAGCAGAACAUCCUAUUGAUGAGCACAGGCAGUGGAUGCAGAAGAGCACCGAAGAGCAUGAGAAUGAGCAUGAUCACGAAACCACUUCGCUGGCGAAGGAGAGUGAAAAUGGUGCCUCCUGUGUGGCAGAUGGAUUGGAGCGGUGA